AUGGGUAUUACACGUGACUCCCGUCACAAGAGGUCCGCCUCCGGUGCUCGCCGCGCCCACUACCGCAAGAAGAGGAAGUUCGAGCUCGGCCGUCAGCCCGCCAACACCCGUAUCGGCGCCAAGAGGAUCCACUCGGUCCGUGUUCGCGGCGGCAACGUCAAGCAGCGUGCCCUGCGUCUCGAGAGCGGCAACUUCGCCUGGGGCUCUGAGCACAUCACUGGCAAGACGCGUAUCCUUGGCGUCGUCUACAACGCCUCGAACAACGAGCUUGUCCGCACCAACACGCUGGUCAAGAGCUGCAUCGUCCAGGUUGACGCCACGCCGUUCCGCCAGGCCUACGAGAAGCACUACGGCAAGCCCGUCACGACCAAGCGCCGCGCCGCUGGCCAGGGUGCCGCCGAGGCCAACCAGGACCCUGCCAAGCAGUCGAACUCGGUUGUCAAGAAGUUUGAGGCGCGACGAAAGGACGCCAAGCUCGACCCGCUCGUCGAGCAGCAGUUCGGUGCCGGUCGCCUGUACGCCGCCAUCUCGAGCCGACCGGGCCAGUCUGGCCGCGCCGACGGCUACAUUCUCGAGGGCAAGGAGCUCGAGUUCUACAUCAGGAGGCUGAAGGCCAAGAAGCAGUAA